CAAGUCAGUGUUGUGAGUCAAACCUUUAUACUCAUCACUUGAUCAAGAGGUAAGUAUUUUGUAGAACGACCUGGUUUGCUCUUACUUAUUGCCUUCUAAUAACAAAAGCGGUAAAGCAUAAAACAUUUUUUCAUUUCUACUUGCUUUUAUUUACCGAUAUGCUGUGUGGAAAUAUUUUUCUGCAUUUCUUUCAGAGGAGUAUUCUCAAUUCAUAUUUACGAUAUGCAUAUGAGUAGUCAUCUCUGUGUUUCUUGCUGUACCGUCGCAAGAACUUGCGAGUCAGAGUUCAAUACAAUUCAGCUUAUUUAUGAAUAAUUUUUGUUAAAUUCUCUGAGUAUUAACUACGGGUCAUUUAUAAUGUUGUCCAGAAUUUGAGUGUCAUUUAUUAAGUGCGGCUUCUGAAAGUAUUUUACAUUGCUAUGGUUACUGUUUUUGCUUCCUUGGUUACAAAUAUGUUCUAUACUAAUUUAACUUUAUAUUGUACGCUGAUUUUUGUUUGAAACAUGUAAUAAUAAUUAACUUAAGAUACGCUUAGACUUAUACCGAUGAACCCAUCUGAAAUUUUAUAAGAAGAAUUAUGCUUACGACGAACCUUAGAGCAACUCUAACGGUGGGUUUUAACCAUGCAGUUGUUAAGUUAUAUUUUGGUGUAUGUAUAUAAAAGUAUAAUAAAAUUCUUGGAGACAAAACCAAUAAUAUCUUAUUUAACAUAUUAUUGAUUGGAUUUCCAAGAAUUUUAGUAUAGUAUUAAUUAAAUUAUUAUUAUUAUUUAUACAUACACUAAUAUGUAACUUAAGAACUCAAUUUUAAAAAACUAUAUUUGGAAGUGCUUUUAUAGGAUUGCGUAAAUUACUAUUUUAUAAAACCAAAGUCUUAUUGUUUUGUCAACAAAACUGUUUGUCGUAAAUAUUAUCUCUGGACAAAAAGAAAAGAGAACAAUAAUUUUCUUUAACUAAUGAUUAGAGGAGCAAGCUUUACAAGGAUGAAAAAAACUAAAUUUACCUACAUGAAAGCAAUGCUGAACCUUUCAAUUUUAUCUAUCAAAAGUUGAUCAAUUAAACUAAAAGAAAAGGGUACCAAUAGCCAUCAUUAAUUUUUUUUCUUUUUUUUCAACAUUCGAUGAUUAUUUUAAUCCUAACAUUAUUUUACAUUAAACAUAAUUUAGAAAAAAAAAAAUCACACAUAAUCUGCAGAGUACAUGGAUCUAAUAUGAUAUUCUACUUUAGCAUUUUCAUAGAAAACAAAGCAGCUCUAGUAUACCAUAAAAGUGCAUAAAUAACUAUUAUAUGAAUUUAUUAACAAAUGAGUGAUUACAAACAAAUUAGUUAAAUAGUAUUUUUUACUUUUAUAUAUUAAUAAUGAAUCAGAUAAUUUUUAGUAGUAUCUGGAAUAUGCGAUUCAAUUUUCAGUUUUUUUACCUCGUAAGUUGGAUGUGAGGUACUAAUAUAUGUUUCUGAUAUUUGAUACUUUAAACAUUUUGGUUAAUUGAAUCCAAAUAUAUCAGCUUAGUUUAAGUUUAGUACUGGUUUAGUUCAUGUGUCCAAAAUGUUUUCUUUCAGUAGUGUUUUAUUAAAAAAAAUUUUGACAGCUGUAGUGUUUUAUAAUUACCUGGUUCAGUUUGAUAUUUCUCAAUUAGAGUAGAUAUGGUUUGGGUGGUCUACCCAGGCUUUGAUACGGGUCCUUCCUUCCUUCCCCUAACGAUUCAGACUUUCACUUACUAGGAUUCGUGCCGUUUCAAUCUCACUAAAACGACGUGCAAGUCACUUGUCUCCAUGUUGAACGCUGUAUCGUCUCUCCCCCACAAAGCCGCCAUCGUACAAAGCGCCUCCGUUUUCAUUUUCCGGCCCCCAAAUCUUUUUAUACUUUCCCGCCUUGCCAGAAAUGUUAAAAUCGUUUCAUCAGCUGCUGCUAACACAAACCCUAAAACCGUAGAAUGUCGACGUGGCAGCUAUUACCCGAUUCAAGCGGCGACGGUUUCCGGUGGGAUGCAGCUGGCCGGAUUCUUCAGUCUGGCAAAUCCGAUUCUCCGCCGACCACAUCUCCCCCUCUACCUUCCAUGGCGGAUCUCUUGCUCCGAGGAUGCUCGAAACUUAUAGAACCAGAGGAAUCGAAGCCAACAAUGUUCACGACUGCUCUGGGCAAAUCUGUUGCUCUUAAAGACUCUUCGCUUUCCAGAGCCAAAUCGAUUUUAUCAGAUUCAGACGAUGUCGCUCUCUCCAGGGAGAGUGGGUUUGGUGUUCCCAACUCUUGUUUCCAGACUGCUUCUAACAAGAAGGUUAACGUGUCUUCUGCUGGUAUGGCAAGAGCCAAGGCAUUGUUAGGACUAGAAGAAGAAGAUGAUUUUAGUGUAUUCAAACACGUGAACCACCGUUUGCCUUCUUCCCACCAGCAACAUGGGUUAAGGACUCCUGAGACGUUUGGUGCUGAGCAUCGUUCUGUAACUCCAGGAGGACAUAAUGUAUCUGGGAAAAGAUGUGAAAUUUUGAGUUCAUCUCCAAAGGUUCCUCAAACAAAGUUUCAAACUGCUGGUGGGAGAUCAUUGUCAGUGUCAGUCGAAGCCUUGAAUCGUGCCAGAAGCCUUCUUGGGGACCCUGAGUUAGGGCCUUUCUUUGACGAUGUUGAUCACUUUGUUACACCCCAGAAAGAUAAAUGGAUAGGUGGUGAUAUUGCUCAUGAGAGCAACAAGCAUACAUCUAAUAGUUUCAUAUCUCCUCUUCAAUCUUCUUCAAAGCAAUUCAGAUCAGUCAAAUUGGAGGACGUAGCUUCCGGGGUUAAUUUGAUCAAGAAAUUUGAUGCGGCUGUUGAUGAGACACAUGGUAACACGCCUUUAGCAUCUGAUAAGGCAGUUACUAAUACCAUGGGAACCGGUUUCAUUCCAAGAUCUUCACAAUUUGGAAGGCAAGCUCACCAGCCACUUGUCGAUAUCACAAAUCGCAAUGAUAUAGCUCAUGCUAACAGUAACAAUAGACAAGAAAGUAGCCAAAAGAAAAGACUGGGAAAGACAGUCUCCGUUCCUCCUUUUAAAAGGCCGAGAACCUCCUCCUUUAAAACUCCUCUAAUGAAAAAUGACCAGCAUCCUUCAAAUGGCUUUUCUGUAGUAUCUUGUGAUACACAAUAUUCCAAUAGGGUGCUUUCUACAAGAACUGAAGAAAGGUCUCAAAGAAUAUAUAUCAAGGAUUAUUUUGGAAUGCGUCCAAGAGCUACGACCAAGAUGGCUGUGCCAGAACAUGUCAGACGAAUCAAAUCAAGUAAUGCAGAUAAAUAUGCAUUUGGUGAUGUCUCUUCUUCAAGUGUGGUGGGAGCUGAAACUUUUCAUCAGAUGUUGGCAGAAUCUGGUGCUUCCUUACAAUGUGCAUCUAGAGAGUGGGUCACCAAUCACUACAGGUGGAUAGUCUGGAAACUCGCAUGCUACGAGACAUACUACCCAGCCAAAUGCAGAGGAAACUUUCUGACAAUCACCAAUGUCCUCCAGGAACUAAGAUAUAGAUAUGAGAGAGAGGUCAAUCAUGGUCACUGCUCUGCAAUAAUGAGGAUUCUGAGUGGUGAUGCUCCAGCUUCUUCAAUGAUGGUGCUCUGCAUAUCUGCUAUUAAUCCAGAGACUCGAGAAACACAUGGUUCUGAUAGUGGCAACAAUGUGAAAAUAGAACUCACUGAUGGGUGGUACUCGAUAAAUGCUGCUCUGGAUGUCAUGCUGCGAAAACAGCUGAAUGCUGGAAAAUUGUUUAUUGGGCAGAAGCUUCGGAUUCUUGGGGCAGGACUUUCUGGCUGGAGUACCCCAACAUCACCUCUUGAGGCAGCGAUUUCGAAUACAAUCUAUUUGUUGUUGCAUAUUAAUGGGACAUACAGAGCUCACUGGGCGGACCGACUAGGAUUCUGUAAAGAAGUUGGUGUCCCUCUGGCUCUCAACUGUAUCAAGUGCAAUGGGGGCCCUGUGCCUAAAAUGUUAGCUGGAAUUACACGAAUAUACCCUAUCCUAUACAAGGAAAAGUUAGGUGAAAAGAAGUCAGUAGUUCGAUCAGAGAGGAUGGAAUGGAGAAUGAUCGAGCUGCAUAACCAGAGGCGCUCAGAUCUUAUAGAGGGUCUUAUAUGUGAGUACCAGGGAGGAAUCAAUGGUGUCGACAGCCAGAACGAUACUGACAGCAAAGGAGCCAAGCUCUUUAAGCUGUUAGAGUCUGCUGCUGAACCUGAUUUCCUAAUGGCAGAUAUGAGUAUGGAAGAGUUGAACUGUUUCAAUAGAUAUAAAGAAAAGUUUGAGGCGGCCAUGGAGAAAAAGAUGGAAAAAUCAGUUGCAAAAGCUCUGGAAGACGCUGGCUUAGGUGAAAGGGAUGUCACUCCAUUCAUGAGGAUUAGGCUUGUUGGACUGACGAGCUUAAGUUAUGAUGGACACCCAAAUCCAAAAGAAGCCAUUUUAACAAUCUGGAAUCCAACGGAGACACAGAGAACCGAGUUGACAGAGGGGAAAAUAUACGCAAUGAAGGGGCUGGUACCAAUGAACAUAGAUUCAGAAACACUGUACUUACAUGCCAAAGGAUCUAGCUCAAGAUUGCAGCCUUUGUCUCCAAAAGCUUCUGAAAGAUUUCAGCCCUUUUUCAACCCCCGUAAAUCGAUGUCAUUGUUGGAUCUUGGUGAAAUUCCUCUUGGAAGUGAAUUUGAUAUGGCGGCGUACGUUGUAUAUGUUGGAAAUGCGUACACGGAUGUUGACCAAAAGAAGCAGUGGGUGUUUGUUACAGAUGGAUCCUUACAAUAUUCAGAUUCAGGGAAAAUCGCAAACAGACUUCUCGCUAUAAGCUUCAGAACAUCAUCCAUGGAUGACCUCCACAGCCCCCUCAUUAGCCAUAAUCUUGUCGGAUCUGUGGUAGGGUUCUGCAAUCUAAUAAAAAGAGCCAAGGAUGUGGAAAACGAUAUGUGGGUUUGUGAGGCGAUGGAGAACUCGGACUACUUCUUAAACGCAGAUGCUGCUUGCCCUUCUCACCUUAAAACCAGCAGUGGCCAUAUCCAAAUAUGGGCUAACCUCUCUUUUUCUAAAUCCGUCCGUUCUCUUUCUAUUAUUUAUUAUAUAAUCUUUUACCAAAUGCAUAGAUGAUUUGGAUUCAGUCAUUCUUCUAAUAGCUGCUCUUGUUUUUUUUUUUUUUUCAGAUCAUCGACCAACUUCGGCAGAGAGCCCUACUUAUCGUCGGUGCUUGUUAAUAAUAUCAUGCACAAGGUGUAUUGCAUACAUAUAUUAUAUAUUUUGGGAUAGUUAAAGCCAAUUAGAUCCGUGAGUAACGAUAAACAUAAGGAUAUUUUUAGUCCCCGUACUUGGUAAUCUCCUCAAAGACAACAUUGUAAGAAAGGUGUCGUGUGUUUGUCAUUUGAACUUUGAGUCUCUCUUGGGGUAAAUUUAAUGAUUUAGGAUUCACCAAGUCCCACUAGAAUUUUGUUUUAAAUUUUUUUUUUUUAAUUAAACUCUACAAUAGUUGCUCUUAGUCAAAAUUACAUAUCUCCCAAACAAUUUUUUUAACUCAGAUUGAACUGAUAGCUGGACUGGGUUAAGCUGUAAAUUGGACAGAUAUCUUGGUUGGUGGUUGCAUAAAAUAGCGAGGUGGUCUAUUUUAUCUAAUUUAUUAAUUUAGAAUCCUAUUUUUAAUCUACUAUAAAGAAGUCAUAUUAAGAGCAUAAAUUAAUAACUUAACAACCUAACCUAAAUUUACUCAAAUAUAAUGUUUUUCUAACAGAAUACAAUAUACGUCUAAAUAAUUAUAUUCCAAAUAGAAGUCAUUAUUGGUAUACAUUGUACAAUUAUCAUUGGUAUUUAUAAAUGAAUAAUCAUUGUUAGAUGCUUAUGUCAGAUUUCUACCUAAUCUAUCUAUCUAUAUCUAUACUAAUAAAAUGGACUUUUUGAGGCUACAUAGAGUAUCCACAUCAGCAAAAAAAAACUUCUCCCGAAAGAUGACACAUAUCAUAAA